AUGAAGCUGCUACGGCGCGCGUGGCGGCACCGGACGGCGCUGGGCCUGGGCGGCCUGGCACUGGGCGGUGUUGCGCUGCUCUACCUGGCGCGGUGCGCCGCGCCUCCCGACCCCGCGGUCGCCGGCCCCGCCGCACCGGCGCCCGUCGGCCCGGCGCGCGCCGCCGCCUUCCUGGCCGUGCUGGUGGCCAGCGCGCCGCGGGCGGCCGAGCGGCGCAGCGUGGUCCGCAGCACGUGGCUGGCGGCGCGGCGCGGCGGCCCCGGAGACGUGUGGGCGCGUUUCGCCGUGGGCACCAGUGGGCUGGGCGACGAGGAACGGCGCGCCCUGGAGCGGGAGCAGGCUCAGCAUGGUGACCUGCUACUGCUGCCCGGGGUGCGUGACGCGUACGAGAACCUCACGGCCAAGGUGCUGGCCAUGCUGGCCUGGCUAGACGAGCACGUGGCCUUCGAAUUCGUGCUCAAGGCGGACGACGACUCGUUCGCGCGCCUGGACGCAGUACUGGCCGAACUGCGCGCCCGCGACCCUGCCCGCCGCCGCCGCCUCUACUGGGGCUUCUUCUCGGGCCGUGGCCGUGUUCGGCCCGGGGGCCGCUGGCGUGAGGCCGCCUGGCAGCUGUGUGACUACUACCUACCCUACGCGCUUGGUGGUGGCUACGUGCUUUCUGCCGACCUGGUGCGCUACUUGCGCCUCAGCCGCGAGUACCUGCGUGCCUGGCACAGCGAGGACGUGUCGUUGGGCGCCUGGCUGGCGCCAGUGGACGUGCAGCGAGAGCACGACCCGCGCUUUGACACCGAGUACAAGUCCCGCGGCUGCAAUAACCAGUACCUGGUGACGCACAAGCAGAGCCUGGAGGACAUGCUGGAGAAACACCGGACACUGACGCACGAGGGCCGCCUGUGCAAGCGCGAGGUGCAGCUGCGCCUGUCCUACGUCUAUGACUGGUCGGCACCGCCCUCGCAGUGCUGUCAGAGGAAAGAGGGCAUCCCCUGA